GCCGGUUGCACAAAACACCUUAAGUUAAGAUUUUCCUUAAAGUCCGAGUUAAGGUCUCCUUAAAAUAAAGUCGGUUGCACAAAACGCCCUUAAGUCUCUCCCUUAAGGUUUCCUUAAUUUUUUCUCUUAAGUAUUUAAGUUUUUCUCCUUAUCUUGGUCUUAUAUUUAAGGAAUCCCUUAACGGUUGCACAAAACACCUUAGCAACCAAACUAAGGGAAAAAAAUUAAGGUACCUCUAACCUUACCUUAACUGCGAGAUGGCGGAGUUUAUGCUAAUAGAUAACGAAAAUGAACGCAUCCCAAAAAGAGUGUUCCGUGACCGAGAGAAUCCCUUAGAUACGCUCAACGAUGAGCAAUUGAUUUUGCUGUAUAAAUUUGACCGGCAGUCAAUUUAUGAUUUGUCCGACCGUCUACAGUUGGAUCACUCCACAAACCGAAGCUGUGCUCUCCCGGCUGCGUUGCAAUUAAUGAUCGCUUUGCGGUUUUAUGCUACGGGCUCCUUCCAGGCUGUAAUAGGCGAUGUAUUUCAUGUUCACAAAUCAACGGUGUGCCGCGUCAUUCACCGAAUUUCAAACGCCAUUGCCGGUCUUUUGAAUACCGUGGUGAAGUUCCCCUCAAAACCUGAAGAGGAUGAAAUAGCAACAAACUUUUUUAAUGUAGCCGGCUUCCCAAGAGUGUGCGGUGUGAUAGAUGGGACCCACAUCAGGAUUCAAGCUCCGGUACAACACGAAGAUCAGUUUAUUAACAGAAAAAAUCAAUAUUCAAUCAAUGUACAGUUAGUCUGCAAUCAUGAAAAUAAAAUAACUAACGUUGUAGCACAAUGGCCUGGCAGUACCCAUGACGCUCGAAUAUUGGAUGAGAGUAUCCUUGCAAGGGAAUUUGAGGAAGGGAGGCACAAAGGCAUCCUCCUUGGGGACAGUGGUUAUCCGUGUCGUUCAUGGCUAAUGACACCAUUCAGAAAUUCUGCCAACAGUUCUCAGGCAAGUAUAGUCUAAGUAUCCAAAUUGUAAAAUAGACCUACCUUGUUCAGCUGCAUGUUUUACUUUAAUUUACAAUUUAUUCAAUGUGAUUGAUAAUAAUCGAUAGUACCAUGUGGUCCCCUCCCUCUUUCUAACAGGAGAGCUACAAUUUUAGCUUGUGCAAAACACGGGCAAUUAUUGAGCGGGUCAACGGGCAGCUAA